CGGAAACAAGAGUGAUAAUUCACAGACUGUAGUGUGUGUAAGAGGCCAUGAGGCGGAUCUAGGUUAUACAUGGACGGAGUGUUUGCAAUCAACUAGAACUGUUUGUCUGUUUUGAAAGAAUAAAAUGGAGGGGUUUGAAGGAGCCAAUAUCGGCGAAGGUGUUUUAGAUCUGUCCCGUUUGAAUCUGAACAAUUUGAGUCUCGACAGGGUUAGCGAGAAACGACGGAAAGACACGAAGCAGCUGUACGUGUGUUAUAACCGAAUCUCGCUUCUGUCCGACUCCAUUUGUCUGUUCUCUAAUCUGGAGUUUCUGGACAUCAGCAAUAACACGCUGUCGGUCAUCUGUGAGGACAUCACACGACUCGCCAAACUCAAAACCCUCGUAGCCAAGAAUAAUCGUUUAAAUGAGUUUUCUCUGCCUAAAGACUUCGGCUCUCUGCAGCUGGAGGUGUUGAAUCUGAGUGGAAACAGGUUUGAAGAGAUGCCGAUGCAGUGUUUGCAAAUGCAGCAGCUACAGUCUCUAUCUCUGGGAGGAAACAGACUGAAAAGCAUCCCAGCAGAGAUAGACAAUCUGACCAGUCUGGAGCUAUUGUAUUUGGGUGGUAACCAGAUCACCUCCAUCCCUGCUGAACUUGCCAACUUGCCCUACCUCAGUUACCUGGUUCUGUGUGAUAAUCGCAUCCAGAGUGUCCCACCCCAACUCAACAGACUCCAUUCUCUGCGUUCUCUUAGUCUGCAUAAUAACCUGCUGACCUAUCUUCCGAGAGAGAUCCUGAGCCUGGUGCAUCUUCAGGAGCUCAGUCUCCGUGGUAACCCCUUGGUUGUGCGCUUCAUCAAGGACAUGUUAUAUGACCCCCCCUCACUUCUGGAGCUGGCUGGCCGCACCAUCAAAAGCAGGAACCUUCUGUACUCUCAUCAAGACCUCCCAACCCACCUGGUCAACUACCUAGAUAUGUCCAGCAAGUGCCCCAACCCCAAGUGUGCAGGUGUUUAUUUUGACUCAUGCAUUCGUCAUAUCAAGUUUGUGGAUUUUUGCGGGAAGUAUCGCCUGCCCCUGAUGCACUACCUGUGCUCCCCAGAAUGCACCUCUCCCUGCAGCUCCAAUCCUCAGAGUGACGCUGACUCUGACGACGACAACAGUGUGCCUGCUGACCGCCUUCAAAGAGUUCUUCUUGGAUAACCUCGCUCACCCCUCACAGAUCUUUCUCUCUUUAUCAGCAAGAACAUAAAACUUUACUGCCAGUUGCCUCUCUAACCUCUCAACUGAAGCCAAAUUAUAUUGCCAAGUGCGUGAAAAUACGAAGGUAUUCUGGGAAAGACAUCUGCAGAAAGUUCUCAAUUUUUUAACAAAUGCCUUACCUUGCAUUGCCAGAAUAACUCAAACACUGGUAUUUCAGAAUAGUUGUUGUAUAAAAUAGUUAUAUUAACUAUACUCUGUUUAGCUCUUGCACUUUUGUAAUACAUAGAAGAAACAGUUUAGGUACAUGUAUAUCUUUUGCUCGGCAAAAGAUUGAUUUGUCUUAGAGGAGAGACGUUUUCACAUAAUGCACAAAGAUCUACUGUGAAUUCUAAAAAGAUAAACAUUGAGAGCACUAUUACUUUUGGGCUUUGUAAGAGGUGUAAAGGUCAAGUAAUUUCUGUGCCACUAGCAUCACCAAACUGAAUUGCAAACAGGUUUCUUAAACACUCCCACCAGUCUUUCAUGUUUGGACUAACAGAUAGCCCCACCCCAAACUCACACCAUUGGGUGAGCCAGUGUAGCUGUGUUGGGCUGGUUUGGAUCUUUGGAACCACCACAAAGCUUUACACUUUCAGGGUUAAUCAACUUUCGAACACUCAAUAUACUUAUCAUAUAAACUUGCUUAUAUUUGUCUCUGAAUAUUACAAUUGAAUAGCAGAGAGUAUUUUAACAUCCAAAAACAUACACAUUUUUGCUUAUUCUGUUUAUUCUUUCUACAAAACUGUAGUACAUUGUGUUGAAGCUUUCAUCUUUGAAUUGCUAACACUAAGGUUAUUGUCUGCUUUUGUUAAUCUCCUCAUGCAGUCAAAAACGGAAGUUCACCAAUGUCUAAACUGUAAAACUUUGUAUUAACAGUUAAUUUUUCAUUUAGACCUCCCGUUUCUAUUAACUAGAAAUAUGCUAUAUUGUUACAGAGCUGAUAGCAAACAUUGUGAAGGGUGUGUGGCAUUGUUCUCAUGUGUUGAUUGAAUUUGAGCACACUACAAGGAACAGAAGUGAUUGUUUUAAAUCAACCUUUCUAUGUUCUUCAGGAACUUUAUAUAUUAUUCGUACACUUUAUUCACCUUUGUCCUACACUUUAGGCUUAACCAAUGACAUAUUGACUAUGCAGAUAACUAAUCCAAAAUAUUCCAGUGUUUUUAAAAUAAUACCCAAGUCUUUUUUACUGAAUAAUCUUUUAUGACGUAUAUGCUAUAUCAUUGAUAAGAUAGAAUGUAUUUUAUUUAAGAUGAUGAAGGCCGGUUUGAAUUACACUCACUCCUCUAAUGGUUUAUAAACAUGUAUUUGCACUUCUUAUGUAGAGUACCAUAAUAAAAUAAUGUGUAUAUGACUAACAGUGUGUUUUUAUUUUUCCAUAUUAAUGUUAAUAAAUAUUCUUCCAAAAUAAAGGCAGCCAUUUAUUA